CGUCGUUGUGGGUCUGUCCGUCCGUCGGAGGUAGCCUGCAUGAUGGAAGUGGACGACGCGGUGUACACCACGGAGUACGACGUAGUGGUCGUGGGGACUGGCAUCGUGGAGUCCAUUGUGGCCGCGUCGCUUGCCCGCGCGGGUCAAAAGAUUUUGCACCUUGACACGAACGAGUACUAUGGAUCCGACUUUGCAUCGUUGCCAUUGCACCAGUUUGAAGAGUGGAUGACAGCGCCAGUUCAAGAGGUCGCGCAACGUCCUCAUGCGUUCUCGUUGACGAACGCGUUUCGCUGCACCCUCCUGCAUCAUGCCAAAGACGAAUCUUUCACCCCUCGAUCGUCGUCGUUCAACUUGGACAUCCAGCCAAAGAUGCUUCUGUCGAACAGUCCCCUCGUCGAUGUCCUCGUUCACUCUGGUGUUGGACGGUACCUCGACUUCAUGGCGAUGCAAGGCACAUUCAUGUACUCUGCCCAGCCUCAAAACAAGAACCCACCGAUUUGGGAAGUGCCUUGCUCGAAGACAGAAGUGUUCAAGAGCAAGCUCAACGUGUUGGAGAAGCGGCACCUGAUGAAGUUUCUUCAAUUUGUCGCUGACUACGGGGAAGUAGACGUGACGACCCUUAAUGAACGCGACCUCACGUCUAGCCGAGCGCUAAAGCGUCCACAAAACAAGCAGCACGACGUCGCAACUGCGUCCUUUGACCAGUACGAAUCGUUCACGGAUGUGUUAGCCAAGCACUUCAAGCUGUCCGCGGCGCUCCAACAAGUCGUGCUGUACGCUGUGUUGCUCGAGACAUCGGCUUCCCCUGUGGUUCCGCUGUCGACGCCGAACAGCCUCAACGCUAUCUACAACUUUGUCACGUCGAUCGGCAAGUUCGCUCCGUCGCCGUAUCUCACUCCCAUGUACGGCAUCUCGGAAGUCGCCCAGAGCUUCUGUCGACUUGGCGCCGUCUACAAUGGCACAUAUAUUUUGAGGACGCCAGUGGCGCACUUGAACAUCCAGGACACGACAGACGAAUGCGGUGGGGCCGUCAAGUGCGUGGGACUGUCCACGGCGGAAGGCCUAUCCUUUCGAGCGAAACACGUUGUGCUCAACGCGUCAGCACACGGUCAUUCUUUGGGGUACACGCCACAAUCUGCGGUCCUUCGAGGCAUCUUCAUCGUCGGCUCGUCCAUUCAGCCAGGUGUAGAUCGGUUGGUGGUGGUGAUUCCUCCAGGAGAAAUCGCCCAUCCAAACGAGGCGCUGUCGACGUCCGCGGUGCAUGUCCUCCAAAUGGACUCGGCCAUGGGCGUGUGCGCCUCGGGCUAUUUCCUUAUUCACGUAACGACAGUGGUGCCGCUUGCUACACCCAAUCAAGACUUGGUGUCGUAUAUGGAAUCGAUCGCCGCGUGCCUGGGACAAAUCAAGGCCGUGUGGAGCUCCAUCUUUACCAUUCCGGUCGUGGCGAAGAUUGCAUCUGGCCAAGGUGCCAACGUCGCCAACGUAUUUGUCUGCCCGUCGCCUCCAACGCUGGACACAACGUUGGCAGAAUGCGUGGACGCUGCCCGCGCGGUUUUCCGCGCCAUGUGUCCCGAUGAAAGCGUUGCAUUUCUGCCCAAGUCUGCGUCCGAACAAGCGAUGCAAGACGACUGCCACGAGGACUCGGACGUGGCGCUCUUGGACCAAGCCGUGCAGCUGCUUCAAACGGCCGAAAGCGGUGGCGUGGAAGCCCGGGCAACGACGACAGAAACCGAACAAGACCUCGCAUCGAUGGCCGCGAUCAACGCCGACGAACCGCCUCGUUCACCGCCCUUACACAAUGCUGCCACCGAAUACAAAUAUUCAUUUGACCUUUAA